CGAAGACAACUCUCAUCUGGUUACCACUAUAAAAAAGAAGUCGAAAAAGUGGAGUAAACCUUGACAAUCUGCCAUUGCCAAAGCACCAUGAGGUCGCAAUAAUAAAUUCGGCUGUUCUGUGAGGAGACAAACUAACGGGUAAAUCUUUCUGUUGAGAUAAUCACAUCAGUAAUGAACUCUCAAGUCAAGAGGGACGAGUCAUCAGACCUCUGAUUUAUGCGUCACGAGCAGUCAUCAAUCUCUUAGGAUCAAUUGUGCAUGAGAUGUGGGUAAUGCAUGGGAGCCGAUUAAAUCACGUUUUGUUAAUUCGUAAUUAGGUCAACUGGUUUAUUUAUUUCGGGUGGAGAAUAAUUGAGGUGUCAUGGGGAAGAGGAAAAAUCGUCAACCGGAUGUCAAUGAUGAUGCGAGUAUUCAUUCAUCGGAGUCUGGGGAGGACAACAAGUCAGAUGGACCCAAGUGCCCUCACGUCAUGAAGUCCAUUAAUAUGAAUGCACUUCGAAAAGUUCUGAAAAAAGUUGGAAUUCAAACGGAGUGCGCGACGUGUAGUAAAGUCGAUACCAAUAAGAUCGAAGUCGAUGACGAUGAUGGGAUGACCCCAUUGAUCCAACCACUGUGGAUAUGCCUCAAAUGUGGGAAUCAAGCCUGUGGGCGGUCUUUGAACGAACAUGCUGAGCAUCAUUUCAGGACACCUCACAGUGAUUCUCACUGUCUAGCUAUCGAUACCCAUCGGUGGAGUAUAUGGUGUUAUGCGUGCGAGGAUGCGGUUAAAGCUGACAGUAGAAAACAAUUACUCGAAAUAGUGGAAUUCAUAAAAAAACUGGCGACGACAACGUACACGUCCCCUCAGCCCGCGAUUCCCUCGCCCUGUGCUGAAAAGCCUCACGAGUCCAUUCCAUCCACCAAAGAAAAGCAGCUACCCCUGACGAGCCUGACGAGAGUCGUUGGGCUUGUGAACCUGGGCAACACCUGUUUUUUCAACUCAGUGUUGCAGUGCCUGGCGCAAACACCCUUUUUGGUGAAGGUUCUGGAGGAUUUGCGGGAGCCAGACGUGAAAUUCGUGCUUCCAGGAGGCAAAUGCAAGCCCUCAGAUGACGCAGAGGAGAUGGAUUUGCCACCAAUCGAGGGAAAGCUCGAGGGGUGGGGUAAUUUCACUGCAACCCUCUGGAAAACACUGACAGAUAUGCAGAGCUCAGACAGCAAUCAGGCGUACAGGCCCUCCGAACUCCUCAACUCCUUCAAGAAAAAAUCGUCCCAGUGCAUGGAUGGAGGUCAGCAUGAUUCCCACGAGCUGCUACGUCAUCUCCUGGAGCACGUGAGAAACGACGACGUGAGGAGGUAUCAGGCAAUUAUUCUGAAGAAAAUUGGUCUCGAUGACAAGAUAAAACGUCAGGCAAUCGAUGGAAAUCUCAAGGCACAGGUGAAGUUUUAUGGAAAUCAGGCGUGUGCCAGGCACCUGGGAUCAGAGCCAGUCUUUCGGGGGGUACUGGUGUCUACUCUGGAGUGUCUGGACUGCCAUCACUCCUCUCAACGAACUGAGCCCUUCCUCGACCUCUCCCUUCCAGUUCUGAUGGACAAGCCACAGCCUCCAGUGGUGGGGAAACGCAGAAACAGCGGUCUCGAAGACAGUUUUGACCUCAUGGGGAAUACCAGUGGACCCUCCAAGUAUCAACUGAAGAAGGGGAAGAAGCCUGCGAGGAGAAAUCGACAGAAUGAUUACACUAACAUCAACAAAUCGGGAGUCAGUCGGAAUAAUGUGGAUCAGGCCAGUCAGGCUGAGUCAGAGGAGAGUGAUGCUGAUGUUGAGGAUAAUAUCGAGAAUGAUGGGGCAUCUCAUGAGGUCAUCGAAUCUGGAUACAGCUCUGAGAAGGUGUCCACUGUCACAAGUCCUGUAUCUCCUGGGGAACCCUGCGGUGAGGAUGAGUUAAAGACUCAGAAUUCAUUGAGAGAAAUUUCCAUGUAUAAUUCAGGGGUUGAGACAUUGGAAUCAAGACUAAAUAAUCCAUCCCUGGAGAUGAAUUUGGAGGGUCCAGUGAGUUCAGCCUCAGAGGCAUUGCCAGACCUCUCUCCAUCGACGUCUCUCAUCGUCAACUCUGAGAUGAGUCCUGGGGCCACCGGAAGUCCCCUGAGCAGCCCCAUCACCUCGAAGAGUCCCACAUCGAGUUCUCAGGAGAGACUGACCUUCACGUUAGUCAUCAAUGAUGGACCAGAGGUUGAAGACAGGAAAGAUAAAUCCUCUAGGUUCUCAGAGGCUGAGACUGACGAGUGUCGAUCAGAGGCUGAGGAUCCCUUGAAGAAACUAACUGCUGUUGAGAUGAGAAAUGGAAUGAAUGAGGUGACAAGUGGAAUGGGGAAUAUGUCAGUUUCAAAUCAAUCUCCAACGAGUUAUCAGGUGGCCAGUGGCGAGUGCUCCAUUCAGUCCUGCCUGAAUCAAUUCACUGCGAGGGAAUUGAUGAGUGGUAGCAAUAAGGUGGGGUGCGAGGCCUGCACUGCUCGGGAAAAUAAAGAAAAAAAAGGAAAAAUGGUGUGCACGUCCAGCACCAAGCAGUAUCUCGUCUCCAGGGUUCCUGCUGUUCUUAUUUUGCAUUUGAAGAGAUUCCAGUCACAGAGAUUUGGGUUCAGAAAAGUUACCAAGCACGUGGCGUUCCCCAUGAUUCUCGAUCUGGCUCCUGUCUGCAAGUGUCAUGACAGGGCGAAGAUUUACUCACUUUAUGGGGUUGUUGAACACAGUGGAACUCUUCAUGGAGGUCAUUAUGUAGCUUAUGUCAAGGCUAGGCAGCCCCUGCAGCCCGAUGAUCCCAGGUGGGCUUUUCUACCCAAGGCUAGGGCUAAUGAUGGCGAGGAAGUCGUCGAGCCUGAGAGGAUAGACCCCCAGGAAAAAAUACAACCACCUCCUGGCAGGUGGUACUACGUCUCUGACUCCAGAGUAAUGGAAAUUGACGAGGCGAGUGUGUUACAACGCGAGGCGUAUUUACUCUUCUACGAAAGAAUUCUAUGAUCAUGCGAUGAAAAAUACUAGUGUCUAUUUCAUCAGAGAUUACGAACAACUCUGUCCAAGUCCACAUUUGAGAACGAAUUACGGUUGUGUGCGUUCAAAAUGCGAAAAAGAGCGAAAAUUAAUUUUUCAUGCCACGUAGGAGAGGAAUUCAAUAGAAAAAUUCUCGUAUAAGUUUUUUCCAUUGGA